AUGCACAGACGGACAUCAAAAGAAAACCAAGACUCUGCCGAAGUCUUUUUGCCACCUUCAUCCCUCGGAGAGAAACUGACCGAUGCCGUUGCCGCCGAUGUCUAUCACCCAGGAUUUCUCGGCCCCGGCUCGUAUGCCGUGCUGCUGGCUCAGGAUGGAGAGCCAGAUCAACAGCGCGAACGUGAAGAAUCCGUCGCGUCAGAGAGGUCCGACCGAGAGCUUACCCAUCAGCACACAUUGCCUAAACCAAUGAGAUAUCAGAUGGUGCUUGAUGUCUUGAGCACCUUCCGCCACUACAACACCAUCAAAGAUCUGGUGCUUUGGUACAGUGCACGUAAUCAGGCUGGUGUCAUACCAGCAUGCAUCGCCGUUGACGCCGUCAACGCCAUAGAGGCCCUCGUCGAUAAACACGACCUCCGACGCAAGGCACCAAGCCCACAGCUGAUAGCCCAGGUUCUCGAGACGACUGCCCGCCCUUUUACCAUAUCUCAGUCCCUCGAGGCUCGUGAUUUUCAUAUACUGUGCUCGGGAGAGAAUCUGCGCCUCGAAAUGAUUGGCUUCUUGCUUGCCACCGCCGGUCGCGCGCUAACGUUUGGCUUUGGUUCAGAAAGGUUCAACGACCUGAACAACAAAGACGUCAAGUUGCGCUUUACCGACGAGUUGCUUCGCGCAAGCACAACCUGUCUGUUCCUCACAACAAUGCUUGCUACGGUUAAUGAUAUCACCGUGUGGAUGUUUUACGAAAACUAUGUGUUUACAAUCAUGAUGUGUGGAUAUGCGGGACCGCCCGCUUGGAGACGCAUUGGAGAGUUAGCAACACAGGUGUACGCGCUUGGUAUUCAUCAAGACAAAAAGUGCGCUCAUGCGCCAACCUGGCUGGCAGAAACCCGUCGUAGACUAUUUUGUGCGACUUACAACCAAGACAAAUCCAUUUCCACGUUUCUUGGCCGCCCGAUACGGAUAAGUAAGAGAUAUACUGAUGUCCAGCUGCCACUUGACCUCGCCGACGAUGAGGUAACGGGCGACGAGGAAACGCUAAACGCUGCAAUACAAGCAUUAGACGCUGAUGGCUGGAACACCAAAGGCAGGUGGCUUCGGGCAUCAUGGAUCCGUCUGCGUCAAAAGUCGCUUGAAUUUCGCGAGGAAAUACUCGAAUUUUCCUUUAUCAAAAUUGAUGCAAAUGCAGAGGCUCAGCUCCUGGACAUAUCGCAGCGCAUAGGCACAACUUGGGAUAUGCUACCAAAACAUAUGCGCUAUCGGAAGACAUGUUGGGAGGAAGACAUACCGACAAAGGUUUGCCUGAUGCUAUGCAUCGUCCACCUCACCCACUGGUACAAUGAAUUCAUGAUCCAGAAGCUACUCGACUACAGCCCUCUGACACUGAAUACGGCAUUGCUGCGCGUUUCGAUUGACCUACUGUCCAAUACGCUCACUAUGGGCACGAUACGGGAUCGAUCGUAUGAUGUUCAUCGUGACAUGCUGCAUUGCGUGCUGCUCUUUGGCAUCCCAGCUGCAUCAGUCCUGGCCGCCGCGCUUCGCGAACAACAUCAAACAGGUCAGCAGUUUCCAGCCGAAGUUUCUCGAUCCGAAAUCAUCCGUAUGCUCAGCGUCCUCAUCUCGCACCUCGACGCUGCCGCAUACUUGGAAAACUCGGGCGCAGGCCAUGGCGAAGCCAACUACAACUUGUGUCGCAAAGCGAGUAAAGUCUUUACCAAGAUCAUUGACACUGUCCUGGACCCCAAGACAGUAGAGGAAUAUACGCCUGCUAGUGACCAAUUGGGUUUGGACCUUGGCCUUGAUUUCUUUUCCGGGGCUGGCUUGGAUGGCUUCCAAGGUAUGGAUUUUCCUGGCAUGAAAAUUGGCCCAGGUACAAAUGGGAAUGCUGCCGAUGCCGGUAUGGAUUGGGGUGCACUUGGACAGUGGAAUGCCUGGAGUGGGCUCGUUUAG